AUGGCUUAUUCAAAAUGCCUGCUUUUGAUUAUUGUUCUAUUUCCUUGUGUUGCUGGGAACUUCUACCAACAAGUGGACGUAACUUGGGGAGAUGGUCGAGGACAAAUCAUGGACAAUGCCAAUCUCCUUGCGCUGUCUCUUGAUAAAGCUUCUGGAUCAGGCUUCCAGUCCAAGAAUCAAUAUCUCUUUGGCAGGUUUGAUAUCAAAAUUAAACUUGUACCUGGCAACUCAGCUGGCACAGUCACGGCCUAUUAUUUGCGUUCACAAGAGUCGUUGUGGGAUGAGAUAGACUUCGAGUUCCUUGGAAACUUGAGUGGCCAACCUUAUAUUGUGCAUACCAAUGUUUAUAUACAAGGACAGGGUGAUAGGGAGCAACAAUUCUACCUUUGGUUUGAUCCGACUGCUGAUUUUCACACCUACUCCUUCCUCUGGAAUCCUACUCAUGUAGUGUGGUACGUGGAUGGGAGGCCAAUAAGGGAGUUCAAGAACAUGGAAACCAAGGGGGUGCCAUAUCCAAAGAAACAGGCAAUGAGGCUAUACGCGAGCUUAUGGGACGCGGAGGAGUGGGCGACAAGAGGAGGGCUAGUGAAAACGGACUGGACCAAAGCACCCUUCACGGCUUCCUUCAGGAGCUACAAUGCCAAUGGAUGUGUGUGGAGCGAUGCAGCGUCGUGGUGUGGCCAGAACUCGACGCCGUGGCUAUCGGAGGCGCUUGAUUCAGGCAGCCAGAAAGUGCUGCGAUGGGUUCGGAAGAAGUAUAUGAUUUAUGAUUACUGCACUGAUCAAAUGAGAUUCCCUCAAGGCCUUCCUCGGGAGUGCCCUGUCCGCACCAACCCAUAG